AUGAACAACUUAUUAUUCACCGCUCUCUUAAUCGCUCUCCUCUAUUACUUCUUUUAUUACCUACCCAAUCAAAAAAAACCAACUGCUAACCUACCCUUAAAGCAUCAUCAAUCUACUCAAACGGAAGAAUUAGAAGAAAGCAUUAAUCAUCAUGAACCAGGAAUGAUUGAAUUUCCUAGUCCUCAAUUUAAAAUAGCUCCUAAAGAAUUAGCAAACUUAAAAAAAGAUAUCCAACAAAAAGAUCAACAAAUUACUGAGUUACAAUCCCAAAUCAGAGAACUAAGUAAAAGACCUUUAAAACCUACUAACUCCAAAAGCACUCAAACUUCCGAUUCCGAACUAACUAAUACUCUUGACAUUCUCAUUAAAGAUAUUCAAGACUUAAAUAACUCUCUUCAAAAUGAUUAA